UUCAUAUUGUUGAUGAUGGAGUCGGCGGAAACAGGAGCAUGCCUGUGGAUGGUGACAGACCAAAAAAUCUUUGGCAUCCGCAUUGAGAAGUUAGAAAAAUUGGGGAAGAAUGAGGUUAGGGAUUGGAAAUCCCAUCUUGAGCCGGCUCCCUUUGAUUUCCAGUUGGAGCUUCCAGAGCCCGGCAUGUUGUAUCCCUUUAUCUUCCACUCGAAACUUUUCUUACUCGAUGGUCCAACCGAUUCUGGCACCAAGAUCUGCCAAAUCUCCUAUGUCGGCGGCAACAAGUUGGACACAUCUGAGGCGGGCGCAAUCCCUCCGCUACCGACCGACCUUAUCUGUUACAUGGCAAACAUUCAAGAUGACGUUUACUUGGCGGGGUAUCGUAAGACACCGGAAGGAAUGGAGACGGGGUUAUGGGUUUUAAGUUCCCUUUCCGGGGAAUGGGAUUCCUUGUCUAUUCCUCCAACCGUGCUCCCUGAUUUUGGUCGUUCUUGCCCUCUCUGUUUCGUGCUGGAUGAUAAGCUCUUCUUUCAUUGCCGGUCCGCACCAAGCAUUGACUAUGCCUACGACCCCCUAACUCUCAGGUGGGAAAAACCGGAGCGCGCAUUUUCUUCUUCUGAUCGUCAGUUUCACGAACCCCUUGUGCUGGUGUCGUCCCUUGGGGAUGUAGACAAUUGCAGGGUGGUGCUGACAUGGGACUUGAGGAGGCUUCCCUCCGGAGAACAUGUGCAAUAUGACAUACACGCUUUGCUGGUGGAUAAUAAAGAUUAUUGCGUUCGCGGCCAUCAAUUCCUUGAUGAGUUGUGUAAGGCGAUUCAGCCAUCCUACUUUGAUACUCUGUCCACAGGAAUGAACGCUGUUGACCUUGGCAACAGCAAAGUAUGCAUUAUCAUCGGUGGUCUCGCAGAAGGCAUUCCAUCCCUUUGCAUUUUAGUAGUUGAAUUAGGGUUGGUGGAAGGGGAGGAGCAAAGGUUCUUAUCUGUGCGUGUACUCGUGAAUCAAGUCUACGAUACGAUGCCUUACUUAGAGUUAGAGGACAACCGUCUUGAAGUGCUCAACACCUCCUUUAUUUUCUCGCUCAGCAAGGGAAUGCCUCGCAAACAUCCUUACUCCCAAGUAAGUAUGGCCGCCGAACACACUGGACUUGAAGAUUUGAUGUCUCAGUUCCUCCCUGGUCAUAGUGAGGAUAGCUCUGCCACCCAGUCUGCCGAGCAACCGUCCUCCCCCAAUGCCGAGGUGCACUCAGCUCCUCCUCCCCCACCACCGAAAUCUACCGGCCCAAUCGUCACCACUGGUCCGAGCAGCAGUGGAGUGGGGCCUCCUGAGGUCGAGCCGGCUGGAGAGGGUGCCGAUGUCGCUAUAGUCAACAACCCUCGUAAGCGGAAGCCGACCUCUAGUCCUGAGAGGUCGCUUACCGUAAUGGAGAAGAAUUUUGACGCCGGGGGCUUCAUUGACACUCAGCUUAUGCCUGGUACUGACGAAUUCUUCCAUGACAGGGACCUUGGAGCUCAGGCUCAGUGGAUCUACCGAUGCAUGUUAAGGGCUGCGACUAUUGUCAGGAGAGCUGAGCCUAUUCUGACUCAAGCUGGGACGUUGGAUGGGAAGUAUCGCCAAUCCGUUCAGGAGGUUGAGAGCUUGAGAUCGGAGGUCAAGGUCUUGAGAGAGAAGUUAGCUAACUCGGAGGGAAAGGUGAAGACCUCCGACGAAGCGGUCGCCCGUCUUACCGAGCGGGAGAUGACCUUGGAGUCUCAGCUCAACUUCGCUCGUGGCGAGACUUCUGCAGCCCAGGCCAAGGUUACUGCUCUGGAGGCCAAGCUUGAAGAGGUCGAGAAGUCGGCCAAGAGCGCUAAGGAUGAAGUCGCCGGGCUGAUGGGAGAGGUUGCCGGUUUGAAGAAGAAGAAUAAGGACACAGUGAAGAAGGCAAGGGAAGUGAUCAAUGGGACCGAGGAGGCGAUUAAGGCCCAGGUCAAGCUGCUUUCUCCCGACUUUGACAUUUCUGCAAUUGGGGCUUUCAAAACUAUUCGGGAUGUUUGUGUGGAUCUCUUGAACUCUUGUGUAAUUUCCUUAACUGAUUUAUCGUUUUGCUUAUUGGGCCUUCUAACAAGUUGCCACCAAGAUCAAGGGUGUGAAGAUUGGUUAGUUGUGAAGUUGAAAAUCCAGUGGAAUAUGUUUGAUGAUGUGAAUAGGUUAGCGGAGAGACGAAGAUCAACAAGAGAAGAUGAAGAAUUCACAAUGGAAGUAAAUGACACGAGAAAAGUUGUAUCCAUAAGACUGGAAUUUGACAAAUCAAGCUCUUCAAGGUUGGAGCCAAAGUUAAAAUUGGCUUGA